UAUGUAUUCUAGAAGUACUUCUUUAGUCUCCUUUAAAGAAAAUAAAAUAGAAACUGAAAAUUCCAAAGAUAUCGGUGACGUGGAAGCCAUUGAAUUGAUAAAAGGAUCAGUAGGAGGAUUAGGCUUUGCAAUAAAAGAGGAUACUGUGGAUGGGAUACGAGGUAUACGAGUUCGGACGAUUACGCCUGGCGGAGUGGCUGAUUUAGACGGCCGUUUAAAGAUUGGUGAUAGAAUUUUGGGGGUUGGAGAUAAAAGUUUAGAAAAUGCUACGUAUCAAGAAGCGUUGGAUGAUUUAAGGGGGAGACCGGAAGGUCCUGUAAAAUUAAUUGUAAAAUCGGGAAAGGCAGCAGUUUGUACACAGAUUGAACCUGAAAAGAAAACAGAAGAAGCAGUUUCCGUUCCGAAUCCGGUUCCGGCCGAACCGGAGAUUGUGUUAGAUCCCGCGACUUGUCCGAUUGUAAAAGGCAAGGAAACUACGAUUAGUAUUGCAAAAGGUCAAAAAGGAUUAGGAUUAAGUAUAGUAGGUGGUGCCGAUACUAUGCUGGGCGCUAUAUUGAUUCAUGAAGUGCACCAAGAUGGCGCUGCAUCAAAAGACAAUCGGUUACAAGUUGGGGACCAUAUUUUAGAAGUUGAUGAUAAUAAUUUAAGAGAUGCAACUCACGAACAGGCUACUUUGGUUCUUAGACGAACGCAAAACGUAGUUAUAAUGACUGUGAAACGGGAAGAAACGUCUACAACGCCAAAACCUGAAGAGGAUCCGUACGACGUCAUAACUGUUACUUUACAAAAGAAGCCUAACAAGGGCCUUGGCCUGAGUAUAGUUGGGAGAAGGGGUCACGGAGGUGUUUUUAUAUCAGAUUUAGUAAAAGGAGGAGUAGCAGACGGAGACGGAAAACUAAAGGCAGGAGACCAAAUUAUAAAUGUAAACGGUGAAGAUUUAAGGAAUGCAAGUCAUGAACAGGCUGCGGCUCUGUUGAAGACAAUAAUCGGCAAAGUAACUUUGACAAUCGGGAGAUUGAAGACUAAUUCAUCGAGCCAAUCGUCAUCGAGAAGGGGUUCCUCUAGCAGUGCGAAAAGUGGGGCUGGAAGUAGGAAAGCAAGCGGAAGUAAAUAA